GUUUUCGCUCCUCUUUCUUCUUCUUCAUCAACUUGGCUUCACGUUGCCAAAGCUCUGACCUUUUCGCGAACGCUCUGUCUCUCUUACACGGCAACAUCUCUCCGUGUCUCUCAUAGCUUGAGAUCCUUCCGUACAAUGGACCCCACAUCACCCAAACCCGCCGCCGUUGUCCUCUCCGUCGAAUGCCUGCGCGGCAGCUGCACUGCAGACGAGUGGACCGGCGGUCUGCUCCAGACCGGCGACAUCGUCGAGGAGCUCACCGUCGGAAACUCCCCCUCCCUCAGGGCGCCAUUCAAGAAGGGCGCCGCCGGGGUCCAGAAGGUCCUCCGCAGGUCGUACGAGAGGAAUGAGACCUUCGUCCUCGUCCGGGUCCGUCGUGGUACCGGCAGGCCCGCUGAGUUGCAGGCCUGCAUCGUGCCCGACGACUCGGCCGCUGCUGCAAAGAAGAAGAAGAAGAAGAAGAAGCAGUGCGAGCUUCGGGCAAUCAGCGACCCGAAUUACGCGUUCGGGUUCUACGAUCGGACCGAGACCGACUGCCUCCGGCUACAAGCAUCGAGGAAUACUAGGAUGCUGAAUGAACUGUACAGCGCCCCUCUUCAGGAUGGAUACGUUUCAUACAGCUGGGAGAGGAAGAUGCAAGAGACGCUACUAGUUCCCAACUCGAGCUGCUUCCUCUGUAUUCUUUUCCUCCUGCAAGGUUCUGAUCAAGAUGCUUCUCCUUGUGAUAACGACUUGGAGAAUACUCUUUCUAGGGCAAAUGGGUGGCUCCAGGCAUCCCAGGCUUCUGGAGUCCCGCUUGUUUUCAUGAACAUCCAGACUGAGUCCCUUCUCACCAAGAUCUCGGGGGGAGCAGCUUCAUCCAAAGUAAAUUCUGGGUCAUUGUCUGAUAUGUCUAAUAUUGCCACCACGAGUCUCUAUGGCUUCGAGGACUAUCAUGGCGUCGAUAUUGGUGUCGCGAGGGCUGUUCGUCUCUGGCAUGCUCCGUUGGGUGGAGAGUUUGUCAUAGAGAUCAAAAUUAAGGACUGCGACAUAAAGCUCGGUUUCGCCCUAAGCCGCAUGGAAGAGGGGUUCAUCUACAUUUCAUCGGUUGAUGAAGAUGAAGACACACCCUCAACCCGCUCCGGCCUUAGCCAUCUUUACAGGGAAGCCAAGAGCUCCGCUAGGCUUCUGGUCAUCUCGAGAAUAUCGAACCAGAAGGUUCAUCCGUGGUUAGUCUCCUCGACCGGGGCAAUCAGAUGUUAUGAUACAAUCUCGCUCAGCCACAAGCUUUCCUUGCAUCGACGUGCGAAGGUGCCGAUCAUAGUCCACCUCUUCUCGUGGGACAAGGAACGUGGAGGGAGCUCAAGCUCGAGUCUCAAGACAAACCUGUCUCGUCCCCUCAAUUCUACAGAGCCUGACAUCUCGUUGGCUCGAGACCAGGACGAGUAUCAGGUUCUUCAAGCGAUCCCUAGCCUUCAGAGAGAUGCCGCAGCGGAGCUUUCAUUUCGGUUUCGUGAUUUUUCGAUUCCCGAUAUCUAGUAAUGAGAUAGUUUCAAUUGUGAUCACAUGAUUAUAUAAUUGUAAAGAGGGGUGAAUCAAUGCACAUAGUUAGAUGCUUCUUUGAUUGUAAAUACGUAGGUGAAAGAUUAUAAAAUAAAAGAUAAAUUGCAUUGAUGGUCCAAAAUGUUU